UAAAGAGGAAAAGCCCUAGUUAUUGGAGAUUACUAGAAAUAAUUUACCCAAUUUCGUUACUUUGACCCUUCUUGAUCUUCAUUAAAGUUUCAGUACUAAUUUUGUUCAAACCCCUUUCGUCUUCACCUUCACCAUUGGAGUCCACCAUUAAAGAUUAUAUCUUUCAAAUCAUACAUGAUUUAAUCAAUCAUUAAGAUCAUAAAUCCUUUUUUAAUCUUGUAAACAAACACACCUAACCCCACAUCAACAACAACACUUUCCUCCAAGAAACCUGAAGAUUCCAUCUCUACAUACACACACAUAUACACACAGAAAUUUACCAUUUUCAUUACCAACAAUUACCCUUUUUCUUGCACUUUCUAUCUUCAAAUUCUCAUACCCCCAUCUGGAAAUUUGCAUAAAGAUGAGGUAAACACAUAGAGAUUGGAUCUUUAUUGAUUUCAAGAAAGCCCAAGAAUAUUGAUUAGGAGGAAGAGGAUUCAAUUGGGUUUUUUCACAUAAAGAUUGGAUCUUGAGAAAUUCCAAGAAAGCCCAAGAGAAUUAACUGAGAGGAAGAGGCUUGAAUUGGGUUUUUUUGGGGGUUUCGAAAGCGAAAAUUUCAAGAUUUGCGAAGAAAAAGAUUGGUUUUUGAUGAAGCAAAUGAACCACAUUGAUGAUAUACCAUCAACCCCAGGGAAGUACAAAUCUCCAUAUGGGUAUAGAAAUAGAUGGCAUUCUAAUCUUGCAAAACUCACUUUUUGGUCUUUUGUGUUGUUGGGUUUGAUCUUUUUCUUCUGUUUUAGAUCAUCAUCAUCUUCUGCAGCAUCUGCAGAUCUGUCAAGACGUUCUCUGAGAACAUCUUCUUGGGGAGGUCCAGUUUGGGAAAAAAGGGUUCGAAAUUCGGCUCGAAUUAAGUCUCCUAAUGGGAUGUCAGUUUUGGUCACUGGUGCUGCUGGAUUUGUUGGAACUCAUGUCUCCGCGGCACUGAAGCGCCGCGGAGAUGGUGUUUUAGGGCUUGAUAAUUUCAAUGACUAUUAUGAUCCCACAUUGAAACGAGCCCGCCAGGCGCUCUUGGAGCGGUCUGGGAUUUUUAUUGUGGAGGGGGAUAUUAAUGAUAUGGUUCUUCUGAAAAAGUUGUUUGAUGUGGUUGCUUUUAGUCAUGUGAUGCAUUUGGCUGCUCAAGCGGGUGUGAGGUAUGCUAUGCAGAAUCCUAGUUCGUAUGUUCAUAGUAAUAUUGCUGGACUUGUUAGUAUGCUUGAAGUUUGUAAAUCAGCUAAUCCGCAACCUGCGAUUGUUUGGGCAUCAUCGAGUUCUGUUUAUGGACUUAAUACAAAAGUACCCUUCUCGGAGAAAGAUAGAACAGAUCAACCAGCUAGUCUUUAUGCUGCUACUAAAAAAGCUGGCGAAGAGAUUGCACAUACUUAUAAUCAUAUAUAUGGACUUUCACUUACUGGCUUGCGGUUCUUUACUGUUUAUGGCCCUUGGGGAAGACCAGAUAUGGCUUAUUUCUUUUUCACAAAGGAUAUACUGAAAGGGAAGUCGAUUCCGAUAUUUGAGGCUGCUAAUCAUGGGACUGUAGCCAGGGAUUUUACUUACAUUGAUGAUAUUGUGAAGGGUUGUUUGGCAGCAUUGGAUACCGCUGAGAAGAGUACUGGUAGUGGUGGGAAGAAGAAAGGGCCGGCUCAAUUGCGAGUGUUCAAUCUGGGUAAUACUUCGCCUGUGCCAGUUUCUGAUCUUGUGAGCAUUUUAGAGAGGUUGCUGAAAGUGAAGGCAAAAAGAUCAGUAAUGAAGUUACCUCGGAAUGGGGAUGUGCAAUUUACACAUGCAAACAUCAGUUCUGCACGUAGAGAACUUGGAUAUAAGCCCUCAACAGAUCUGCAAACUGGUCUGAAGAAAUUUGUUCGAUGGUACUUGAGCUACUAUGAAAAUGGAAAGAAAAAUGACCACUGAUACAUUGUUCAAUUGUGUGGUAGGAUCUUUACAAUUCUUGUUUAUUUUCAAUUCAAAUCAUUGUUUUAAUCUCUGUUCCUACCACAAAUACAUGCUUCAUAUAUAUCUUGAUCAGGUCAUAUAAUAUCACAUCCCACGAUGAUGAAGGUUUUUGUGAUCAAGACUGUGAUCUGUGUCCAAAGAAACUCUAAACCACAUGUUUUUCAAUCUUGGAUUGUAAUUGUUGUAGUUUUAUCAUUGUAGAUUCAUGAUUGAUAGAUCACUUUACUGAUUGGACUGUAUCAUCUUUACAAAUUUCAAAUAAAUAGCACACAGUAGGUUCGCUAUUAUAGGCUUUCCUGAUAUAUAUUUACUUUGAUGUGUUAUGAGACGAUGUGUUGUAUUCAA